CGUGUGACCGCAGGCUUGUAUACGAUGUCCACGUGUAUUGUCCGUGUGUUAUCAGGAGACUUGUGCUUAUAAAACUAUUUGUUUACAGAGGUGGCUGUACCCUAAUCCUAGUGGUUGGGGUGCAGCGUCCACCCUGCCCUUGGCUGCUAUCGCCAAUGGAGGAAGGCGCUGGAGUAGGUGGAUAUGCCAAGGAGAUGAGUCAGGAGUUCCUUGACGCCGAGAGGGCUCUCCUGGGGAAGGAGGCCAGGACUUCUGAUGUGGUCAUCAGUACUGCGCUAAUUCCUGGCAAACCAGCACCUGUACUUAUCCUUGAGGAUGCGGUCCGUGAUAUGGCACCCGGCAGUGUCAUAGUAGAUUUGGCUGCAGAGAUGGGAGGCAACGUCCAGACCACAAAGAAAGGCGAGAUCGUCAAGGUGCACGGAGUAACGCACAUCGGUCUCACUGACAUGCCCAGUCGCAUGCCAGCACACGCCUCCACGCUAUAUGCUAAUAACAUCUCUGGGUUCCUGUUUAGUUUAGGUACCAAUGAUCACUUCCACAUCAAUUUGGAAGAUGAAGUGACCCGUGGCGCUAUAGUCCUGAAAGCUGGAGAGCUUCUAUGGCCGCCGCCUCCUCCACCGAGCAUGGCAUCAGUUCAAGCAGCCAGCACUGCCCCCGCCGCAGUAGCUAAGGCUGAACCUCCUAACCCAUUCAACGACACCUUAAAGGACGCUUUCUUAUACUCUACAGGUUUGGCCGGCCUCAUUGGUCUGGGAAUAGCAUCGCCAAACCCGGCGUUCACCACGAUGACAACUACACUCGCUUUAUCAGGCGUGGUAGGCUACCACACAGUAUGGGGCGUGGUGCCGGCGCUGCACUCGCCGCUCAUGUCCGUCACCAACGCCGUGUCGGGCAUCACUGCCGUCGGUGGAUUGCUGCUGAUGGGCGGCGGGUAUGUGCCCGAGACACCUGUACAGUGGCUGGCCAGCACAGCGGCGCUCAUAUCAUUUGUCAACGUAUUCGGCGGCUUCCUCGUCACGCAGCGCAUGUUGGACAUGUUCAAAAGGCCAACUGACCCGCCAGAAUACGGUUACCUGUAUGGAAUUCCCGCGGCAGCGCUGCUAGGCGGCUACAUUACCACGGCUAUGCAGGGUUACCCUGAAGUCCACCAGAUGGCUUACCUAGCAUCAUCUCUAUGCUGCGUCGGAGCGCUCGCCGGACUUAGCUCCCAAACCACAGCUCGCAAAGGAAACUACCUAGGAAUGAUUGGUGUAUCAGGAGGAAUAGCAGCGACGUUGGGUAUGCUUACUCCAAGUCACCCAGUGUUGGCACAAAUGUUGGGAGUGGCUGGUAUUGGCGGUCUUAUUGGCAGCACCAUUGCCAAGAAGAUUGAAAUCACUGACCUGCCGCAACUCGUGGCUGGAUUCCACAGUCUUGUCGGCAUGGCAGCAGUUCUGACUUGCCUCGCCACAUACAUGCACGACUUCCCUGCGAUGGCAAUGGACCCUACAGCAGCCACUCUGAAGACUUCCCUCUUCCUCGGCACCUACAUCGGUGGUAUUACAUUCACCGGUUCACUAGUAGCGUACGGCAAGCUGCAAGGGUCGCUGUCAUCGGCGCCGCUGCUGUUGCCAGGCCGUCAUGCCAUCAACGCGGGGCUGCUGGCGGGCUCGCUGGGCUGCGGCGGCGCGCUGCUGGCCUUCCCCGACGUGCCCGGCCUGCCGCUGCUGUCCGCUGCUGCUGUACUCAGCGGCAUACAGGGACUGACCCUCACCGCUGCUAUUGGAGGUGCGGACAUGCCCGUCGUGAUAACGGUACUGAACAGCUACUCUGGCUGGGCGCUCUGUGCUGAAGGGUUCAUGUUGAACAACUCGCUCAUGACUAUCGUCGGCGCUCUCAUCGGCAGCUCCGGUGCUAUCCUGUCCUAUAUUAUGUGCAAGGCCAUGAACAGGUCUCUACCGAAUGUGAUCUUGGGAGGGUACGGCGUGACGAGCAGUGGGUCGGCGCGACCGGCCGGCGCCACGCACACGGAAGUCAAUGUGGAUUCCGCUGCGGAUCUCAUUCAUCGUGCCUCUAAUAUUAUUAUUACUCCUGGUUACGGUCUAUGUGUAGCAAAAGCCCAAUAUCCUAUUGCUGAGUUAGUCGAUAUUCUCAAAGGAAUUGGAAAGAAAGUGCGUUUCGCCAUCCAUCCAGUCGCAGGUCGUAUGCCGGGACAGUUGAACGUCUUGCUCGCGGAAGCCGGAGUACCCUAUGAUGACGUGUUCGAAAUGGAGGAAAUCAACGAUGAAUUCCCUGAAACUGAUCUCGUGUUGGUCAUUGGUGCCAACGACACAGUAAACAGUGCUGCGGAAACCGACCCCCAGUCACCCAUCGCGGGCAUGCCUGUACUUAAAGUUUGGAAAGCGAAUCAGGUGGUAGUAAUGAAGCGAUCGAUGGGCGUGGGCUACGCGGCCGUGGACAACCCCAUCUUCUACAACAACAAUACAGCCAUGCUGCUCGGAGACGCCAAGAAGACUUGCGAUGCACUCCUCGACCGUAUCAAACAUCUCACCAGUUAAGUUGUAGCUAGACUAUAAUUUAUUGUACCAAAUAUCUGUACUUAUGCAGCUACUCAUAAGAGAAGUCGCUGCCUAAUUAGAGAUAUUUUUAGUUCAAAUAUUUUAUCUUGCUGUCAGUCUUAUUUUGAGAGACUUUUGGUUUUAUUUGUAACACAUCACAGCAAACACUGAAUAAUGAGUGUUUUUGUAAAAUUUUUGACACUCCAUUUGCUAAGUUCUUUUUUAUGGAAGAAUUUAAUGGAGAUCUGUUAUUACUGACCGUAAAAUAUAUCGUACUAACAUCACAAGUUUUCCAUAAUCACAUGCAGUCUAUGAACACUACGGUUGGUUGAGGAGCUGCAUUUAUUUUACCGAUAUAUUCCUUUUAUGAAUAACCACUAACUGUCUAGAAAGCAUGUUAUUAUGUGUUCUUUUCUAUGCUCAUUAUCAAGACUGUAAAAUUAUGACGCCAUUUAAAACAAAACAAUCCUUAUAUCUAUAAAGGAGUACAACGAUUUGUGUAGGAUUUGUAUAUUUUACGUGUAUAAAUCGUCUUUAUUAACUCGAAAAACAAUGCAAAAUGUACUUUAAAGUCACUUUAUUGUGUUCUUUACAAUCCAGUGUCAUAAUAUAUUUACUACUUUUGCGACUGAAUAGUUAUAACGAGGCGGGACCUUUUCGCCUGAAUGUCGAUGCCUGUGCUAAUAUUAAGAAACAAAUGUGCCUUUAAUGUUCUUAAAUUCAAGUAUCUCUUAACAGCUAGUCUAUAAGCUUUUAUGAAAUUACUAUUUUAAUAAUAUUUUUAAUAAAAUUGCAUUUGAAAUUUUUUAUAUUGUGUAAAUAUAUUCAUAUUUGAAUUAUACUAUGUUGAAACAAUUGAGAUUUUUAUAUACCUCUGUAUUUGAUGUUUGUUUUUAACUUCAAACAUAGAUGUGAGAUUAUCCUAUGGGUAACAGAUUUUAUUGGACCAUCUUAUAUUGUGUUGGAUUUAAUUUCAUGUUUCUUAUGUCAACCAUGAUUUAGUACUAUAUGAACAAUAUCAUUCCAACAGAAUAAUUAUAGUAUGUUCUUACAUAUAAGUACUUAGUUCACGACGCUAGAUCAUUGGGUGUAAGCUGCAUUUUAUCAAAAUCAAACAUUGGUUCAGUAUACGAAAUUAUGUUGGUUAGGGUUGCAAUAACUGUGGAAUGUUAUUUGCUAUGAUUAUAUUGUAUCUUUUAAAAAUAAACAAUGACCUGAAAAUA